AUGUAUUUUCCCAUAGGUUGGCCUAAAGUUCUAAAAAACUUGGGAACUGAUGCUCAGUUAAUUAGACAAAUAGUUUCUAAUAGAGAUAAAGUACUUUUUGCCGCCUUAAGUGAUGAAUGUUUAGUUGUAUGGUUUUGCAAGCCGACUGUACCAAUUGUGUAUCACAAGAGGAGUGCUGAAUCUCUACAGCGUCUUGGUGUCAAUGUAUGUGUGGAAUGGAAGCCAGAUUCAUCUAUGAUAUGUAUUUCGACUUCGGAGGGACAUUUGAUUUUAUACAAUGUAGAGGCACAGAAUGAACAAACAGCAUAUCAACAAUUCGAUCCCCCUACAGCUAGUCUCCGGAGGGACUCUGCAGAACUAUUUGUUAAGGAAGUCAUUCCUUCUUUGAAGAUUACCCUAUUUAAGGAAAUCUUAGUGUGGGAUGGACAGAUAACUAGGAUGUGUUGUAUAUCUGGCACAGAAAUACUUGUAUGCACAACACGGGCACAUCUAUUACGAUAUCGGUGGGACGGUACUCAGAACAGAGACUAUUGCCUUGACCUUGGUCGAAUACCUUUCUCAAUAAAUCAGCAGGUUUCUAAAGCCGAACCAAUUUUGGAAGACAAUACACAUGUCAAUGAUAUUGAAUACUCUCCGCUAGUUUGUGGUUUUGGUAUAACACUGAAUGAUGGGAGAGCUGCAUAUCUCACAGCACCGAACCUCAAGUUUGAUCCAAAUGCAGUACAAGGUAUUUGGGCGCAAGGUAUUGACGAUGCGACGUGCGUACGAGUCAACCAUAAAUUCCGACUUAUUGCUAUUGGUAGAAAAAACUCUCAAAUAGAUGUAUUCACAAUAGAUGAAGCGACAGGCGGUUUGGAGUUAUCACACACAAUGGUACUCAGUUCCAAAGACUUUCCCGGGGAUCCUGGACCUGUUAAAUGCAUGAGGUGGAGCGGCGAGGGCCGCGCGGUGGCGGCGAGCUGGGAGCGCGGCGGCGUGGCGCUGUGGAGCACGUUCGGCGCGCUGCUCAUGUGCUCGCUGGCCUGGGACUACGGGCUCGGCCACGACCUCGCGCGCCGCAACCCGCUCGUCGUCUGCUGCAUGGAGUGGGCGACUGAAGGUUAUCAAUUAUGGAUGGUUAAAGUAGAAGAAGAAUCGAAAACAAAUCUCAUACAAAUGGAUUUUGUGAAGAGUCCUCUUAGCGUCAAUCCUUGCAUGAGCAAUCAAAGGCAUCUGUACCUCCAAGCCGACGACAAGCUAUUCGUAAACCUAGAGGAUAAUCUCACGAGUCGAACGAAGCUGUCAAUAAUCGACUCGUCCUCGGAUGCGUUGCAAGAGAACGGGCAGGAGCCGCUGGAGUACGAUAGCAGGGCCAAGUACAAAGAAUUCGUUGACGACAAUGAGUGUAGGAAGCAGUGGAUUGUGCUACAGCUGCCGGCUGCAUAUAUCGCCACAAACUGGCCACUGAGGUUCAGCGCGGUGGACGCCAGCGGGCAGCACGUGUGCGUGGCGGGGCGCGCUGGCCUGGCGCACUACAGCUGCGCCGCGCGCCGCUGGAAGCUCUUCGGGAACGAGGCGCACGAGCGCGACUUCGUCGUCACGGCCGGCGUGCUCUGGUGGCGCGACUACAUCGUGGCCGGAUGUUACAGUAUCACGGACGGGCACGACGAGAUAAGAUUCUACCCACGAGACGCGAAGCUUGACAACAAGUUCGCCAAGAUCGUGCGCGUGCAGGCGCAGGUGUUCGUGCUCGAUAUCCUAGACGACCAGCUCGUGGUGUUCGGUGCCGACGCGCUCGUCACCAUCUACGAGCUCAUCAGAAUUGAUAACAAUGGCAACGUGGAAGUGCGUUGCGUCCAGGCGGUGGAUAUAUCGGCGCUGUCGCACCCGGCGUGCGUCGUGUCGGCGUCGCUGUGCCGGCUGCAGGACCCGCCGCCCGCGCAUCUCGCGCGCUCGCCCCGCCCCGACCCGCCCGCCGUGCCGGACUCGCUGGUAAUUAACGCAAGUGGAAAACUAAUGAUGGUGCAGAGAGAAGAAUAUGAUGUGGACGAAGAUAACAAUCCGGCGUACAGCUGCCUGCCGGCGACGGUGCUGGCGUCGUGCGUGGAGAGCGUGUGGGCGGGCGGCGGCGCGGGCGCGCGCAGCCAGCUGGCGCGCGCGCUGUGGCUGUGGUGCGGCGCGCUGGGCGCGCGCGUGUGGCUGCCGCUGGCGCCGCGCGAGCCCGCGCGCCGCGCCGACCCCGCGCGCCACACCUUCAUGGCCAAGCGGAUCAUGCUGCCCUUCCACCUCGACAUAUACCCGCUCACGAUCCUCUUUGAUGAUGCAAUCCUUCUGGGAGCUGAAAACGACACAGCACUAUACGCUUCUGACUCAAACUCGGUGUUUUCUUUGCCGUUUUGUGUCAUAAACAGAACGAGCCAGGUGUACCUGCACCAGAUCCUGCGCCAGCUGCUCCGCCGCAACCUGGGCUACCACGCGUGGGAGAUCGCGCGCUCGUGCGCCGCGCUGCCGUACUUCCCGCACUCGCUGGAGCUGCUGCUGCACGAGGUGCUGGAGGAGGAGGCCACCAGCAAGGAGCCGCUGCCCGACGCGCAGCUGCCCAGCGUCAUCGAGUUCGUUCACGAGUUCCCCGUCUACCUGCAGACGGUGGUACAAUGUGCGAGGAAAACAGAGAUAGCGUUGUGGGCGUAUUUGUUCUCCGCGGCCGGCAAGCCCAAGGAGUUGUUCCAAGAAUGUCUGCAGCGCAAGAUGUUGGAUACAGCUGCUUCAUAUCUUAUCAUAUUACAGAAUCUAGAAAGUUCGACGGUGAGCAGGCAGCUGGCGACGCAGUUGUUGGACACGGCGUUACAAGAGGAACGGUGGGAUCUGGCGCGAGAUCUUGUUCGCUUCCUGAGAGCUAUUGAUCCAAACGAUGUAGACUCACCGAGAAAUUCGAUUAAUGUUCAAACUAAAUAUGGGCAAAUAGUACAGUCGCAGACAGUCACUCCGAACGCAGAAGACUUGUCCGUUAUAUUGGGAAGCAUGCAGCUGGGCGCGGCGCGCGGCCGCAGCUUCAGCACGACGGCGGCGCCGCGCGAGCCGUCCCCGCCCGCGCCGCGCCGCAGCGCCGCCGCCGCCGCCGUGCAGCGCAAGAAGUCCGUGCCGGCGCGCAGCGACCGCGAGUCGUACGGCGGCACGGCGGAGGAGUUCUUCAUCGACGUGAUGAUCCAGCGGCACGCGCGCCAGCUGCUGGCGACGGCGCGGCUGCAGGCGCUGGGCCGGCUGGCGGCCGCGCUGGACCUGCACCUGGUGGCGUGGCUGGCGGGCGAGCGCGAGCGCGCCGCGCGCGUGGACGCGGCCGUGGCCUGCCUGCGCCGCCUGCACGAGGACUUCCGCUGGCCCUACCCCGCGCCGCAGGACGCCGACUACCCGCCGCGCAAGACCAGCGUCGUGCCCGCGCCCAGCAGCCCGGCGGCGGACGGCAGCCUGUGCGGCGACAGCGGCUACGUGUCGCUGUCGCUGCGGAACGCGCUGCCGCUGGCGCCCGGCGCGCCGCUGUCGCCCGCGCCGCUCAGCUCGGUGGGCGAGGGCAGCGUGGCGGAGGGCGGCGGCGUGGCGUGGGGCGCGGGCGACGGCGGCGACGCGGGCUCGCCCGACGAGCGGCGCUACGCCGCGCUCAUGGAGCGCCUGCACCAGCACCAGGCCGAGCGCGGCGACCACGCGGCGCACGUGCAGCUCAGGUACCUGCUGCAGCUGAUGACGGAGGCGAGCUGCGCCGAGUGGGCGCUGGUGGUGGCGGUGGCGCUGCGCGACGCGCUGGCCGUGCUGCGCUGCGUGGGCGCCGCGCGCGGGCCCGACGUGUCGCUGGCGGCUGCGCGCCGGCUGCGCGCCGCGCUGCUGGAGCUGCGCGCCUGGAGUGACGCCGAGUGCGUCGGCUACAAACCGUUCAUGGUGGCGAUUAGCAACCAGAUUCCUUAUCUGACAUCGAUCAUUAACAUACGGGAGCGCCGUAUCUCCUUAGCCCAAUCUCGCGCCCGAACCCCGAGCACCAAUUCUCUAACCGAACAAAAGCUCCCCCAGGAACCCAAAUUACCCCCUCCCCAAAAGGCUCAAGAAGUGUCCAAACAGUCAGUAAGAAAAGAUUCCCCUAUCACUAUGCCUGAACCAGAAACAGCAGAAGUCUUAACAACGCCGAGACCAGCGCUACCCCCGCGAGAAGAUCCGGCCUCCAAUUGUGCCAUAUCGUAAUCCAGUUAUAAAGUUUUGUAUAAUGUUAAUAAAAAAAGACAACUGAAAAAACUAAUAGUACUAGCGAUUUGAUUUAAUUUCAAUGUGUCUUGAUCGUAAUCAUUCGUCAAUAUUAUUUAAUUUGUGAAUUGGAAUCAAGUGAUUUAUGGUAAGUUUGAUAUGAUGAAUAUUUUUGUGAAAAAUUAUGAAUUUAUUACUUCAACAUUAACUAAAUAUUCUUAAAACUUCAACAUUAAUUAAAAAAUGUUGCUGAUUUGUACUUUUAUAAUUGCUUGAAACUAUAGAGAAUGGAGUAAUGAAGUCUUGAAUAAGUAAUUUAAUAAUCUAAAUAAAAUAUUAGAAACACG